AACCCGGAUAUAUAGGCCGCUGCCCCCUAGAGGGCCGCCUGUGAGCCUCGCCGCCAUUUCAGUGGGGUAACCGUCGUGGUUGCUACAGCCCAAACUCCAGUGUGGUGAAAGGUAGGACUUGUUGACAUGUCGGACACCGAGGAGCCAGAGGAGGCCGUGGGGGCUCAGGAGGGUCCCGUGGGGACAGGCAGGGUUGAAUUCGUGGGGGGCCCAGGGCCUAGAGCUGAGGGCCCCCAGGAGGGCCUGGCAGUGGCAGGGCAAGUACAGGGCGACCAGGAGCGCAAUGGCGGGGAGGAGCCCAACAUCCUGCCAGGAAAUGCAGGGGAGGUUGUAGAGGUGCGCCAGCAGGCCCUAAUGGGCAACAGCCACCAUUUCACGAUGGCCGGCUUCCACUUCAUGUUCCUGGACCUCGCCCAUUCGUUGCUGUAUCGCAUCUACUACCAAGACUGUGUCUUCAUCCGCUCCCGCAGUGGCCGCAUCAUCGUGCGCCAUCGCAGAGGCAUGCCCAAUGGCUCCCACUCACUGCUUGUGCUUCCUGCCCACCGUGGUUGGGACCUCGGCUUACCCUGGGCGACCCUGCAGCCCACGCUGCCCACGCUGCCUGUCCACCGCGGCAGAGCCCAAGGAGGCCUGCCCGGGGCCAGCCUACAGCCCACGAUGCCUUUGCUGCCUGCUUUGCCUGAGCUACCGGUGCUGCCUGCCCUGCCCAUGGUCCUGCCUGCCUUCGGAGCCAUCAACACUGCCAGGCUUGCCAUCGAGGCCGCAGGGCCCGCAGACCAGUCCACAGCCUCUAAAGAAAUGACUCAAUACCAGCCUGACAACUCUGCUGAAGAGGCCAAGAAUGCAGAAGGUGGGGAGGAGAAAGAAGGAGAAGCAGACAAAGAGACAGAAACUAUAGAUCAGGAACCUGAAACCAAUCUGGACUCAGAAGAGAGAAGUCCCAGAAAUCCCAGCUGUCUGUUUCAUACUAAAGGCCUCCUUCCCAUCUAAAUAAUUGUGGAAACCAAAGGUCCUGAAAGAGGGGAGACAUAGAAACAAAAGGAUAAAAAAGAGAAGCAUAUAUUUGUUCUUCAAUGUUUAAACGUUUGCUUCCUUUUUCUGUAGCCCAAGGGAAUUUUAUCAACACUGAUUUUAUUACAAGUGCACCACCCCCAAAAUCAUUUCUAGCCAAUGACU